AUGUCGCAACCGGACAAAAUGGGCCGCUUCAUCGAAGCCAUGAAGACAGUCUACGGCCCCUUUGACGAGCUAUCAAGUGACAACGCAAACGACUGGAUUCCUCCUGAUAACCCCGGAGCCGGCGGCCAUCGCGGUAGGUAUCUGUGGACAGACGCCUUUGGGGUCGUCAACUUCAUAACUCUCUUCAAGGAAACCGCCAAGCCAAAGUAUCUCACACUGGCGAAGCGACUUGUUGAAACCGUCCACGAUACACUGGGCCGCACAAGAGACGGAGCGAAGAGGCUCGACGGCGCAACGGAUGAAGAGCCUUUGGUAGGCGGGCUGCGGAUCGGCAAGCUGGAUGCUGCGGGGAGCGAUGGUGAUGGGCAGUACCAUCAUUAUUUGACGCUGUGGAUGUUUGCACUAAACAGGCUUUCUGUUGCGGCGGGUGAGAGGGAUUAUAAUGAUCUGGGGAUUCAGUUGGCUAGGGCGAUUCAUCCGCGGUUUUUGGUGCAUUGUUUGUCGGGGGGCGUCAAGAUGGUGUGGAAGAUAUCAAUGGACAUGAAGAGCGUGCUUGUCCCUUCCGAGGGCCAUUUAGAUGCUGCAACUGGAUAUGUCGUCUACAAGCUACUUCAGGAGACAGCAUCGAAACAAGGUCAUCGGAAUGGUGUGCUGAAGCAGGAGAUUACCGAUUACUGGAACCUUAUGUCGAGGAAAGGGAGCCUGUCGCCUGGAACCGAUAUGCUGGAUCUGGGCAUGGGGCUUUGGAUGUGUCACAUCUGGCAAGACGAGCCGUGGGCUAUCAAAUUCCGCAGCAAGGCAUUGCCAAAGGCAGAGGAGCUUCUCGACGGGUCUUCCGCAAUGAUGCAACGCAGCGCAUCACGAAGACUGGCGUUUCGCGAGUUUGGCACCUGCGUUGGUGUGACGUGUUGUGAUGCGAGUGAGGCUUUGCAGGAUCGGGUGGAAGAUUUGUUAGCGUUUUGGGAGAAGCAUAUGGAUUCGAGCGAUGGAGAUGAUGAUUUGAAGCCGAUUUCACGGGUGAUGUAUGCGACGGGUCUGGUUGUUGGAGCUUUCCGGAGAGGAUAUCUUGAAGACGAUGGGGUGUGA